CAGAAGAACUGUCAAAUGUUUUCAUUUCGUGUCUGGUGAUUCGAUUCUUAGCUAGAGCCUAGUUCUCGUGCGCGAGGUGAAAUCCCGCAAAGUUUUCUUAUUAUCGUGCUUAAUAACUAGUUUUCGUCUAUUAACUGGAAACAAGAAGUUAUUAGGCUUCUCGAUCAAUCCAAACAAAGAUCCCCAAAGGCUUUGCCAUUGAAUCUUUAACAGAAACGUAUAAGUUGUGCAGUUCGUUAUCUCAGAAGAUGGCCGCGAAUUUGGAUGAAGAACAGAGUCUACGCGAAUGUGAGGCCUAUGUUCAAAGGCACAAUAUCCAACAAGUGCUGAAGGAUUGCAUCGUCCAGCUUUGUGUUAGUCGUCCGGAGAAUCCCAUUUCAUUUUUGAGGGAAUACUUCCAGAAGCUAGAAAGGGAGCAGGCGGCAGAUGCAAGGCAGGCGGCUGUGUCACCGGAGGACACGGAGGAUCUCAGUCCUCUACCUUCCUCAGCACAGAGACCAGUCCAGCGACGCGGAGGCAUCUCUGCUGAACCCGUCACAGAGGAGGACGCCACCAGCUAUGUCAAAAAGGUUGUACCUAAAGACUACAAGACGAUGGCCGCACUGUCAAAAGCCAUUGCCAAAAAUGUUCUGUUUUCACAUUUGGACGAGAAUGAAAGAUCGGACAUCUUCGACGCUAUGUUUCCAGUCACCUUCCUGCCCGGAGAGACCAUCAUACAACAGGGAGACGAAGGGGACAACUUUUAUGUCAUCGACCAGGGAGAAGUUGAGGUGUACGUCAACUCAGAGCUGGUGACGACGGUAGGUGAGGGAGGCAGUUUUGGAGAGCUUGCGCUGAUCUACGGCACGCCACGCGCCGCCACGGUACGGGCUAAGACGGACGUGAAGCUGUGGGGUAUUGACCGUGACUCGUACCGUCGUAUACUCAUGGGCUCGACGAUUCGCAAGCGCAAGAUGUACGAAGAGUUUCUCUCGAGGGUCUCUAUAUUGGAAUCACUGGACAAGUGGGAGAGGCUGACCGUAGCAGAUGCUCUAGAGAUGGUGGCUUACGAAGACGGAAACACGAUAGUGAGACAAGGGGAGCCCGGGGACGACUUCUACAUCAUUGUAGAGGGAACAGCCCUGGUGCUUCAGCGGAGGGCGGAGGGUGAAGACCCCACGGAGGUGGGGCGACUGGGGCAAUCAGACUACUUUGGUGAAAUAGCCCUUCUCUUAGACAGACCUAGAGCUGCUACUGUGGUGGCUAAGGGACCACUCAAAUGUGUGAAGCUGGACAGAGCGAGAUUUGAACGACUGUUGGGGCCGUGCGCAGACAUUCUCAAACGCAACAUCACACAAUACAACAGUUUUGUAUCUCUCUCGGUCUAGUCCAUACUCUGGCCUGGAACGUCUCCGUCAUCUCUCCAUCUGUUUCAAGAGCUGGGGUCACUUGUGCCAACUUGUGCUUUGUUUCAUUUAUCUCAUCUACUUUAGCUAUUUAUUUAUUGUGUACGGGGUCACGGAUUUGUUUUAUCGACAAUCACCUUUGUUUGUACAAUUAUUCUAAAUUAUCCCUUUGUAUGACCUUGCCCAGUAAUUUGGAAAACAUGUUGGUUUUAUGUUGUUGAAGUUUUGUAGAUUCUAUUUUUUUCUGUGGAACUUACAGAAAGGUGUUGAUUGUGUUACAUACAAACAUAAAUAAUUGUAGAUUAAAAGGAUCAAAUUUUAUUAA